UUGACCUUAAACCUUAUCGUCCCGCUGAAGUCCUGUUACAUUCGGCAUGAUGAUCGAGAUAAACAAUGCGUGGCAAUGACCACUGGUAGCGCUGAAGAUGAAAUGCCAUAAACGAUAUGGCUAUUUAUAAGAAUAAAAAGAAAUAUGUAGCAAUCAGGUGCAUAGUAUAUUGUGUUUUUUUGAUAACUGUGGAUGGAUUCGAUUACAACAUAGCAACUCAACGAUCACUCUGCCGGGCGCAAUGCCGGGCGAGACAACUUGCCGGUUUGACAGACAACGCCGCUUGUAAUAGCGAAAGUUUAACCUGGAUCACACAUUGCGAUGCACCAAAUUGCGUGGGAACUUGUUCAAUAUUUUUCGCAGAUCAUUUAAAUCAUACGGAAGACGCCGUCAGGGUGCCAGAUAUACACCUUAGUCUCGUUGGUAACCGGGAUGUAGAGCUGGUUUGGUUACCCGCUAUCACCUCACGCCAUACCCUCUCGCCUUCUCACGUGAUUUAUGUCAUCGAGGAAACCCUGCCGGACUAUGUCUACGGUGGCCUGUCAACGACAGUCUUGGUGAACUCCACCAGUGCGACGAGUUUCCAGACGCCGCUGCAUGGGUUGUGCUAUCCCGCCCAGUACCGCGUCAUGGCGGUCAAUCGCUAUGGCUCUGCGGGAUUUACACACCACGUGGUAACACCAGCCAUACCCCCUGGCCCAGUGCAGAAUCUGCAGCUUACGGGUGCCGGGAUAUAUUACUACGAGGACAAGCUCGAGCAGGACUUCUCAAGCUUUAUGACUGUCAUUAAAUGGGAUCCGCCCGCGGGCUGGAUGGAAAGGGACAUUGACCACUACGAGUGGAACCCGAUGAUAAAACGCUGGUGUGAUGAUAUAGGCCAUGACACCUUUCCCACCUUUCAAGAAAUGGUGAACCAAACCAACCAUAUUCUGAUGACAAUCAACAGUGGGUCCAUUGGGUGCAAGUUUGAGACUCAGAUCAGAGCUGUUUCAAAGUGCAACAUCACUGGCCCAUGGACAGAUCUCCCCGUGGAUUUGACAAACUGUAGCAGCAUAAACGGAUUUCGAUGUAAUGACAAACCAGUCAGUCCACCGGGACUAGUGAAAAAUGUCAGCCUGUCGGUCACGUCUGCCAGUCGUGAAGAGGUGAUGAAGUAUUACGCAGACCCGGGACUCAACUUAACCUGUCCCCUGUUCGUCUACCUUCACAUCAAAUGGCGACCGCCCCCAGACAUGGGUUCACGUGGCGUUAUUGACAAGUACAUCAUUAGGUCCGGUCGGACAAAGCGAGAAUUCCUCCCCAUUCCGCCGUCCUUUAUUGAGACGCCAACGACAAAAGAGGCACCGAACGACACGAUCGAGAUCAUAUUUGAACUCCCGUCACAUACGAUACCAUAUACAUUUGCUGUACAGGUGGUGGCAUUGGGUCCGGGGCAGUUGAUCAGCGACAACGAAUGGGGUCUGUUUCCCAUGUACACUAUGGAGGUCAGUCGAAACGAAUCCGGCAUAGCGUCGCUCAUACAGGAAGGUAAGGUGCUUCUAGACAAGGCAGGUAUAGUGAUCGUGUACAUCAACAACUUUCGACAUGCGCAGUUCAUGUUCGACCAGCCGAUGGGAAAGUCGGAAAACAUAACGUUUGAGCGCUACGCCAUGCAGUGGGGGCCGUUGGUAGGUCCGGAUGGCAACCAGACCAUGAUGGUGGAGAACGAGACUGUUGUGGGCAGGAAUCAAUGUAUGCUGGGAGUUCACUUGGCUCAUCCCGGAAAGCGAUACGGACUUCAGGUGCGACACCUGCUGGAUAUUGAAGAGGACGACGAACAGAGUGCACUGGAAUCAGAGUUUUUCACUUUCGAGCUUCCUGGAGAAAAUGAAACUGCACUGGGACCGAGCAAACAGAAUGCUCAAAUGACACCGGCAUGGGUUACCCUGGUUACGGUAGCCAGCGUUUUGGUUGGCAUAGCCAUCAGUACUGUGACACUUCGUCAUCUUCAUAAGCAACACCGGUUCAAGCACUUAGAAAGACGUCUCAUAGCAACAGAAGAACAUGUUGAUGAGGAAGGGGUUCAUUAUUUUGUUUUCCGACCAGUAGAAACCAGAGCUACUGACGCAGACACGACAGUAGUGGCUGAUCGCUGGGAACUCCCGCACCAUUGUUUGAAGAUCGGGCAACUUUUAGGUAGCGGCGCAUUUGGACGUGUCGUCAAAGGUCGGGUGAGCAAGAGUCUGUUGACACACCGCGGUACGGACGUGUUCAUGGCGCAGCAACAAACGGGGCCUUAUUUGACCGUUGCUAUAAAGAUCAUCCAAGAAAACUCUGAAGAAAAGUAUAUACAGGACUUCCUUAACGAGAUUCAGAUGAUGAAAGAUAUUGGUUACCAUAGAAACAUAGUCAGUCUUCUUGGCUGUUGCACACUACGGCAGCCAUACUGUCUGGUUGUGGAACAUCUGCCCAAUGGGGACCUGCUAGCAUACUUAAGAAAACUGAGACAGGAAAUUAAACAGCAUGAAUCGAUCACAGAUGGCUAUGUAAACCAGGACUUUGAAAUAUUCACGCCAGCAGACCUGAUGUCUGUAGCUCAACAGGUUGCAAGUGGAAUGGACUUCUUGAACCAGAAAGGGUUUGUGCACCGUGAUCUAGCUGCUAGAAACGUUCUUGUGGGAGAAAACAAGAACGUGAAAAUUGCCGAUUUUGGUCUCGCCCGCUACAUUUACCAUGACGUUAAUAAGAUUUACGUUCAUCGGCGUGGCGGAAAACUACCUUUGCGAUGGAUGGCACCAGAAGCAAUUUUUAAUCUUGUCUUUUCACCAGCAAGUGACGUGUGGUCAUUUGGAAUCUUGCUGUACGAGAUCGUAUCUCUGGGGGGAUCUCCGUACCCCAGCUGGUCGAAUGCAGAUCUGCUGAAGUACUUGAAGCAAGGAAUUCGCAUGGAGAGGCCAGACAACUGCAGUCUAGAUGUGUAUGAGGUGAUGUUACAAUGUUGGGAACAGGAUCCUCUAUGUCGGCCAUCCUUCUCUCGUCUGUGUCAAAUCUUCACCAUGAUGCUCGAGGAAAUUACCCACGUGGAGUACUUUCAUUUUGAUGUGGAUGAGACGAGAGACUACUGUAUGAUUGAUACAGACGACAUGGACAUGGACGGCCUUGACCUUACCAAUUUCUGCUCCAGCGAUGACGCAGUUACAAAUAUUGACAGCGUUCAGGUGGAGCAGAUAUCCGCUGCCACAGUGACGACUGUUGCCGACAUUCACAUCACUGAUGUCGCUUCAACGAACCCAAAGGAGCAACCUGUGGAAUACAGUGACUUACCUUUCGUUAGGAAUCACCAGUCAACGUUAUCGUUCCACAACGAGAUGUACACCGUGGGCAUUGAUGGCGGUUUAAUUUGUGGAGAUUGGUCUGGCAGUGAAGCUUCAUCCGGAUCUGACGGUAAAUCCGAUAUUUCUACAGAAAUUACUGAGACCUAUAUGUCUGUCAGCAUUGAGAAUAAGACAAAAGCAAUUGAAAUGAGACAUCAGCGUUUUCCUUCGGAAACAAGAAGUUCAACAUCGGAUGAUGUGUUUCAAGUUUGCACCACGUGUAAUGCCCAAGCAGGGACAUCUAGUCAGUCUCCGGAGUGUCAAGAAUGUCUGAAACUGACAGUUAUUGUACACAAACCGGAAAUGUUUGAUGCAGAAAGGUGUGACUCGGCCUAUUCUAGCACAACAUCAGAUGACUCUGAACAUCAGAACAACGGGCUAUCGGAAUUGCCUGAAAAUAACCAUGAUUACCGUGUGCCGAUAAGUUUCAUGAAAUACACCUGCAAUUAUAAUCCGCCCGAAACAGCAGGGCCAGUUGUCACUGAAAUUGGGUCAUCUCAUGGUGACCAUUGUUUGGUUUACACGGACUACAACGAUAGAAGUCAAAUUCUAGCCGGAUCGCAGCUGCAACAUGCUGUUUGUCGUGAUAGGGCCCUCAAAUACGAGCUGCAGCAAAUGGGGCCACGGCUUAUGCUGAAGGAAUUUGUGAAACAUUCGGACAGGAUGACCAUAGGCCAAACAAAGUUUUGAUUCACUAAUUAAGAACCUUUUUUCAAAUGUAUGGAAUGCUCAAAACUUUGCUCAAAUAUAAAGACAAUAGUAACAUUGAUUCCAAGAAAACACGUGAUCUGGCAACAUAGUUGAAUUAUUGUUUCCUCAUAUGUUCUUGGUUUAUUAGCUUAUCAUAUUUUUAUAUAGUUCAAAUAAACUUCAAACAUG